AAGAUACCAAGUAUGGUGGGAAAUGGGUGGAAUUUGGUAUUUUGGACUACUCUGGACUACUAACGAUGAGCUUGAUUCCCUUCAAGAGGACUGGACACUCUGAUGAGUAGGAAGGAGAUGUUUGAGGUGAAAACUUGUUUGCCUUCUUACACUUUCAGGUGAAAGAAAACAACCAGGAAAUAGCCAACAUGGAACGACAGCUCUCCGAGGUAGGUGAGAAAAUUAGCCAUCUCACUGAAGAGAUUCGACAACCAGAUGCUGACAUGGAGGAACAUCAAGAGACUGCAGGAGGAUCGAGUAACACUCACUCAGAGGAAGGACACAUUCAAGAAGAUGAUACAGUACCAUUUACAAGAGAACGAGACCCAUGCGGAGCUGACCAACAUGGAGAAGAAGUGACAACAUCUUGUGCAGAACAACUUUGUGAUGAAAGAAUUCAUCGCCUCCAAAGGUGUAGAAAGCGAUUACAGCAGGAAGAUGGAAAUAUAUUCUGUUGACUGAUUUCUGUAGAAGUCAAUGGAAAAU